AUGAAGGUCUCGUUCUCACUGAAAGGCAAGGGUACUAAACCCGUCGGCGAAGCUCCUUCGCUUAAACGCACCGCCGCGUUCGCUGCCCUGGAUGACGACGAGCCCAUCGACGCCGCGCCCACCGCGAAGACAGGGGAGAAGGGUAAAGCCGCGGCGAACAAGCAGUUCAUCGCGCAAAGCAUGGAAAUGUCCAAGGCGAUGAAGAAGAAGAUGGAAGAGGAACAGCGGGUCGACGCGACUGUCUUCGAGUACGAUGAGGUGUACGACAAGAUGCAGGAGGCAAAGCUGCGGCAGAAGGAGGCAAAGGAGUCGGACUCGAAAGAGCGCAAGCCCAAGUAUAUCAGCGGGCUCCUGCAGUCUGCGGCGACUAGGAGGCUAGACCACCUGAGGGCCGAAGAGAAGAUGAUUCAACGAGAGCGGGAGCUCGAGGGCGACGAGUUCAAAGACAAGGGUGCCUUCGUCACCCAAGCGUACAAGGAUCAGAUGGCUGAGCUUCGAGAAGCCGAAGAGGAAGAGCGGCAGCGAGAAGAGGCCGAACGUAAGAAGAAUAAAGGGAAUAUCGGCACCGGCAUGGCUCACUUCUACCGCAAGCUGCUGGAGGAGAGCGAGCAGCAGCACGAACAGACUGUUGCCGCCACCGAGAAGCCAACAAUUGGUCCACAGGGGCCUAACCUCACUAUCACGAAACCUACAGAUUUCACUCCAAAAAGCGACGCCGAGCUCGCCCACGCCGCGCGCGAACAGGGCAAAGAAGUCGAACUCAACGACGACAAUCAAAUCGUCGACAAGCGCGAACUUCUCUCUGCCGGCCUCAACCUGUCUGCGCCGAAUACUCGGAAACUUGGACUACAGCUCUCGAGCAAAGCAAAGGCGAAGGAGGGGGAGAACGUGGAGGCGCAUAGGGCAGUGGGCACCGCUGCGAGCAGGAGAGAGAUCAACGAACGGCGGACAAGGGAGAUCCAGCAGCAGAUGGAGGAUGAGAAGCGCAGACUGAGGGACGAGCGGGACAAGGAGGAGAGAGAGGCUUUGAGCAGGACAGUGGCAAGGAGGAACGACGAAGCAUCGGUGAUGAGCGCGAAGGAGAGGUACCUGGAGCGCAAACGGCGGCGACUGGAAGAAGCUGCUGCAGGAGGAUGCGGCGAGGAAAAUUAA